UUGGAGCGGAACGUGGUGGUGGUUUGGCCGGGGAGGAGGGGCGGCGGCGAAUCCUGGGAGAGUCCGAAGGGCGCUGCGCUAACGCUGAACGGGUCUCUGUGGGUGCUCGUCAGGCCCGUGGCCGCUUGACUUCCUCGCCGGCCGUCAGACUUGGAGAAUGAAGUUAAAGGAAAUAGAUCGUACAGCCAUGCAGGCAUGGAGCCCUGCCCAGAAUCAUCCCAUUUACCUAGCCACAGGAACAUCUGCUCAGCAGUUGGAUGCAACAUUUAGUACCAAUGCUUCCCUUGAGAUAUUUGAAUUGGAUCUUUCAGAUCCAUCUUUGGAUAUGAAAUCUUGUGCUACUUUUCCUUCUUCUCACAGGUAUCACAAGUUGAUUUGGGGGCCUCAUAAGAUUAAUCCCAAAGGAGAUGUCUCUGGAGUUCUGAUUGCAGGUGGAGAAAAUGGAAAUAUUAUUCUUUAUGAUCCUUCUAAAAUUAUAGCUGGAGACAAAGAUGUUGUCAUUGCCCAGAAUGACAAGCACACUGGUCCUGUGAGGGCCUUGGAUGUAAACAUUUUCCAGACUAAUCUGGUAGCUUCUGGUGCUAAUGAAUCUGAAAUCUACAUUUGGGAUCUAAACAGUUUUGCAACUCCUAUGACACCAGGAGCUAAAACACAGCCCCCAGAAGAUAUCAGCUGCAUUGCGUGGAACAGACAAGUUCAACAUAUUUUAGCAUCAGCCAGUCCUAGUGGCCGGGCCACUGUGUGGGAUCUUAGGAAAAACGAGCCAAUCAUCAAAGUCAGUGAUCAUAGUAACAGGAUGCAUUGCUCUGGGCUGGCAUGGCAUCCUGAUGUUGCUACCCAGAUGGUUCUUGCCUCUGAGGAUGAUAGAUUACCAGUGAUCCAGAUGUGGGAUCUUCGAUUUGCCUCUUCUCCAUUCCGUUUACUGGAAAACCAUGCCAGGGGAAUUUUGGCAAUUGCAUGGAGCAUGGCAGAUCCUGAACUGUUAUUGAGCUGUGGAAAAGAUGCUAAAAUUCUCUGUGCUAACCCAAACACAGGAGAGGUGUUGUAUGAACUUCCUACCAACACACAGUGGUGUUUUGACAUUCAGUGGUGUCCUCGCAAUCCUGCUGUCUUAUCAGCUGCUUCCUUUGAUGGUCGUAUCAGUGUUUAUUCUAUCAUGGGAGGGAGCACAGAUGGUUUAAGGCAGAAACAAGUUGACAAGCUUUCUUCCUCUUUUGGAAAUCUUGAUCCCUUUGGCACCGGACAGCCUCUUCCUCCAUUACAAAUUCCACAGCAGACUGCUCAGCAUAGUACAGUGCUGCCUCUGAAGAAGCCACCGAAAUGGAUCCGAAGACCUGUGGGAGCUUCCUUUUCAUUUGGAGGCAAACUGGUUACCUUUGAGAACGUUAAAGUGCAGUCUCAGCAGGGAGCUGAGCAGCAGCAGCAGCAGCAGCAACAUGUAUUCAUUAGUCAAGUGGUAACAGAAAAGGAGUUUCUCAGCCGAUCUGAUCAACUGCAGCAGGUUGUGCAGUCUCAAGGAUUUAUCAAUUACUGCCAGAAAAAAAUUGAUGCUUCUCAGACUGAGUUUGAGAAAAAUGUGUGGUCCUUUUUAAAGGUAAACUUUGAGGAUGAUUCUCGUGGAAAAUAUCUGGAGCUUUUAGGAUACAGAAAAGAAGAUCUUGGAAAGAAGAUUGCUUUGGCCUUGAACAAAGUGGAUGGAUCCGAUGUGGCUCUUAAAGACUCUGACCAAGUAGCACAGAGUGAUGGGGAGGAGAGCCCUGCUGCCGAAGAGCAGCUCUUGGGAGAGUGUGUAAAAGAAGAAAAACAUGAAUCUGAAUUUCUACCUUCAGCUAAAGGAACCUUUAAUAUUUCCAUCAGUGGGGAUAUUGAUGGCUUAAUUACUCAGGCUUUGCUGACUGGUAAUUUUGAGAGUGCUGUUGACCUUUGUUUACAUGAUAACCGAAUGGCUGAUGCAAUUAUAUUGGCCAUAGCAGGUGGACAAGAACUCUUGGCUCGGACCCAGAAAAAAUACUUUGCAAAAUCCCAAAGCAAAAUCACCAGGCUCAUCACUGCAGUGGUAAUGAAGAACUGGAAAGAAAUUGUUGAAUCUUGUGAUCUUAAAAACUGGAGAGAAGCUUUAGCUGCAGUAUUGACUUAUGCUAAACCAGAUGAAUUUUCAGCCCUCUGUGAUCUUUUGGGAGCUAGGCUCGAAAGUGAAGGAGAUAGCCUCCUGCAGGCCCAGGCAUGUCUCUGCUAUAUUUGUGCAGGCAAUGUAGAAAAACUCGUUGCCUGUUGGACUAAAGCACAAGAUGGUAGCAAUCCUCUGUCCCUUCAGGAUCUGAUUGAGAAAGUUGUCAUCCUCCGAAAAGCUGUACAACUCACCCAAGCCAUGGACACAAAUACUGUAGGAGUUCUUUUAGCUGAGAAGAUGAGUCAGUAUGCUAAUUUGUUGGCAGCCCAGGGUAGUAUUGCUGCAGCCUUGGCUUUUCUACCUGACAAUACCAACCAGCCAAAUAUUGUGCAGCUUCGUGACAGACUGUGUAGAGCACAAGGACAGCCUGUGCCAGGACAGGAAUCACCCAGAAUUCCUUAUGAGAGGCAGCAGCAGCCAUCCAAGGGUAGGCCUGGUGCAAUUGCUGGCCACCCACAAAUGCCAAGAGUUCAACCUCAACAAUAUUAUCCCCAUGGAGAAAAUCCUCCACCUCCAGGUUUUAUAAUGCAUGGGAAUGUUAAUCCAAAUGCUGCCACUCAGCUUUCUACAUCUUCGGGUCAUAUGCACACCCAGGUACCACCUUAUCCUCAGACACAGCCUUACCACCCAGCCCAGCAGUAUUCCUUCGGAUCAGGGGGGUCAUCAAUGUAUCGACCUCAGCAGCCUGUUGCUCCUCCUGCUUCAAACGCUUACCCUAACACCUCUUACAUAUCUUCUGCUUCUUCCUAUUCUGGGCAGUCUCCGCUAUAUACAGCACAGCAUCAGACCUCCUCACCUACCUCCAGUUCUUCUGCUGCUUUUCCUCCUCCCCCUUCCUCUGGAGCAUCCUUCCAGCAUGGCGGGCCAGGAGCUCCACCAUCAACCUCAGCUUAUACAUUGCCUCCUGGAACAACAGGUACACUGCCUGCUGCCAGUGAGCUGCCUGCGUCCCAAAGAACAGAAAAUCAGUCUAUCCAAGACCAGACAUUUAUGUUGGAAGGUCCUCAGAAUGGUUGGAAUGAUCCUCCAGCUUUGAACAGAGUAUCCAAGAAGAAAAAGAUGCCUGAAAACUUCAUGCCUCCUGUUCCUAUCACAUCACCAAUCAUGAACCCUUUGAGUGACCCUCAGUCACAGAUGAUACAGCAGCAACCUUCAGCCCCAGUACUGCUGUCAAACCAACCUUCCUUCCCACAGCCACAUCUUGCAGGUGGCCAGACUUUCCCUGGCAUACAGCAGCCGCUUACUCAGACAGGCAUGCCACCAGCUUUCUCAAAACCCAAUAUUGAAGGUGCCCCAGGAGCUCCUAUUGGAAAUACCAUUCAGCAUGUACAGUCUUUGCCAACAGAAAAAAUUACCAAGAAACCAAUUCCAGAUGAGCACCUCAUUCUCAAGACCACAUUUGAAGAUCUUAUCCAGCGCUGCCUUUCUUCAGCCACAGAUCCUCAAACCAAGAGGAAGCUUGAUGAUGCCAGUAAACGUUUGGAAUUUCUAUACGAUAAACUUAGGGAACAGACACUUUCACCAACAAUCAUCAACGGUUUACACAACAUUGCAAGGAGCAUUGAAACGCGAAACUACUCAGAAGGAUUGACCAUCCACACCCACAUCGUUAGCACCAGCAACUUCAGUGAGACCUCUGCUUUCAUGCCAGUUCUCAAAGUUGUUCUGACCCAGGCUAAUAAGCUGGGUGUCUGAAAGGAUAGCUCCAUUCUCAACUGAUAUUGCCAUUUUUCCAAAGAAACAUGUUUAGGGAAAACAAAAAUGUAAGACAUGGACCAAUCUUCAUUAGCAUGUUUCCAUAGCGGCCAGUCAGGGGGCAUUAACAUAAUUUCUGCAGAUAUACUCACCUUAGACCUGCUCAAAACCCUGGUGCUUUCUUUUAUUUUAAUCUUUUGUUGACCAAGAUUUUCCUACUUUGCAAAUAGUGCAUUUCCUGAAUUACACAAGGUGUAGUUUCCUGAUGGAUUCUGAGAGAAUGUGGUUUUAAAAACCUCAGUGUACUUUUUUAGAAAAGCUGCAUCUGGUUAUGCAUAAAGCAGAGCUAAAACUAAAUUUCUUUCAUGUCCUCCCUACUUUCUUCAUGUCAAUCAGAAUUAAAGUAUGUAAUCCUCUCUUA